UUCCCGGUGUUCGUCGCGCUCGGGGCGCUGGCGGGGAUGUGCGCGCCGGGAACGGUGAGCUGGUUUCGAGGCGACGCGGUGACGUACGCGCUCGCGGGGACGAUGCUGGGGAUGGGGAUCACGCUCGAUUUGAGCGAUUUCCGCGCGGUGUUCGGGCAGCCGUGGAAGAUUGGGAUGGGCGUCGCGCUGCAGUACACGGUGAUGCCGACGCUGGCGUUUUUGGUCGGGAAAAUGUUUCUGGCGAAUCAAUCGCUCGCGGCGGGGUUGAUUUUGGUCGGGUGCUGUCCGGGAGGGACGGCGUCGAACGUCGUGACGUUUCUGGCCGGUGCGAGCGUGCCGCUGAGCGUGGUGUUGACCACGGUGAGCACGUUCAUGGCGACGGUGAUGACGCCGACGUUGACGCAGCAUCUCGCGGGAACGAUGAUCCCCGUCGACGGCGGCGGGUUAUUCGUCAGCACGUGCAAAGUCGUGUUGCUUCCAGUCGUCGCUGGUUUGGUGUUGAAGAAGUACGCGCCCAAGUUCAGCGAGACGCUCGAGCCAUUCGCGCCGAUCACUGCGGUUCUCACGGUGGCGCUGAUUUGCGCGUCCAUCAUCGGUCGCACGUCGACUCAGAUUCUCGCCGCGGGACCGACGCUCAUCGCCGCCGUCGCCUUGCUGCAUACGCUCGGGUUCGGUUUGGGAUACUUCCUGUCCCGCUCCGCUGGAUUCUCGAGUAAGACCUCGCGAACGAUGAGCAUCGAAGUUGGCAUGCAAAACUCGGCGCUCGGCGUCGUUCUCGCCUCCGCACACUUUGCCGAUCCGUUGGUCGCGGUGCCGUGCGCGAUUUCCGCGACGGUGCACUCCGUCCUCGGCAGCAUGCUCGCUGCGUUUUGGAGG